UUUGAGUUUCAGCAAAAGCUUUGGUUAGUGAAAAGUCGGACUCUAGUGGUGUGCCUUUAACUUGAACCCAUUGCAAUUGUGAGGGGAGUAUAAUCUGUGCAAUGCCAGAAGCAACGCUAUAUCCUUUAGCCAAUUACACGUUUGGUGUGAAGGAAGCUCAGCCUGAAGAAGAUCCAUCGGUCCAUGCUCGUCUUAAACGCCUGCAAAACGAUUUUGAAGAGCACGGAAUGCGACGAAGCGUAGAGGCAGUUUUGGUUGUUCACGAGCACAAUCACCCACACGUCCUCAUGCUCCAGAUUGCAAAUGCGUUUUUCAAGUUACCAGGUCAUUAUAUAGACCCAGGAAUGACCGAGGAGGAAGGGUUAAAAGCGAUUCUGAACGAACGUUUAGGGCCUGAAGACGGCGUCGGCGAUAUGGAGUGGGAAAUUGGAGAAUGUUUAAGUACCUGGUGGCGACCUUCUUUCGAGCAAUACAUGUAUCCAUAUGUUCCUGCACACAUCACAAAACCUACGGAGCGAAAACAGCUCUUUGUUGUACAUUUACCACCCCAUAAAGUUCUGACCGUCCCAAGAAAUAUGAAACUCCUGGCCGUACCACUUUUUGAAUUGUAUGAUAAUGCGGCUCGAUAUGGACCACAACUAUCAGCCAUACCACAUUUGUUGAGCAGAUAUGAUUUCAAUUAUGAAAAAUAAAACCCGCAUGAAUCAAGUAUGUAGGAAUGGCAGCUAUACUGGCGGAACGGAAGACCACCAAUGAAAUUUUCAAAUACUACCAAUUCAUUCAAUGUGGGAUAGAUAUUUAUAAAUCGUCUGUUUCGGCUUUAUAGUGGUAUAAUUCAAAAAAUAAAA